AAGAUGAACGCAGCUCGGCGAUCAGCCAUGCUGGCCUCGGAGGUGACCGCGCCUCCCACUGAACCGGCCUUGAACGCCACCGAGACGCCCAGUAAGGAGAACGUCUUCUCUGACAUGAAGGACAAGUUCAUGAACAAGCUCAGCAAGCUGCCAAUCCCGCCCUGGGCCGUGGCCACCAUCCUGAUCCUGGCGGCUCUGUUGCUGCUCGGCUGCUGCGCCUGCGCCUGCAGGAAACGCGGGAAGGGGAAGAAGGGGAAGAAGGGGAAGGAGAAAGCGAAGGCUCAGAUCAACCUGAAGGAGGUGAAGGAGCUGGGCCAGAGCUACAUCGACAAGGUGCAGCCCGAUAUUGAGGACCUGGACCCGGCGCUGCUGCCCGAGCCUAAGGACGAGAAGCACCAGGAGAAGCUGGGCAAGCUGCAGUACUCACUGGACUACGACUUCCAAAACGGGCAGCUGGUGGUAGACAUCAUCCAGGCAGCCGACCUGCCGGCGCUGGACAUCGGGGGCACAUCCGACCCCUACGUCAAAGUCUUCCUGCUCCCUGAGAAGAAGAAAAAACAUGAGACCAAAGUGCAUUGGAAAACCCUGAACCCCACGUUCAACGAGACCUUCACCUUCAAGAUCCCCUAUGCGGAGCUGGGCGGGAGGACCCUGGUCAUGGCCGUCUACGACUUCGACCGGUUCUCCAAGCACGAUGCCAUCGGGGAGUUGCGGGUGCCCAUGAGCAGCCUGGACCUGGCCCAGCCCAUCGAGGCCUGGCGGGACCUGCAGUCGGUGGAGCGGGAGGAGCAGGAGAAGUUGGGGGACAUUUGCUUCUCUCUGCGCUACGUCCCCACGGCCGGGAAGCUCACGGUCAUUGUUCUGGAAGCCAAGAACCUGAAGAAGAUGGAUGUGGGGGGGCUGUCAGAUCCCUAUGUGAAAAUCCACCUGAUGCAGGGGGGAAAGCGGCUGAAGAAGAAGAAAACAACCAUUAAGAAAAACACUCUGAACCCCUAUUAUAACGAGUCCUUCAGCUUCGAGGUUCCCUUUGAGCAGAUCCAGAAAGUCCAGGUUGUUCUUACCGUCUUGGAUUACGACAAGCUGGGGAAGAAUGAAGCCAUUGGGAAGGUCUUCGUGGGCUGCAAUGCCACCGGCACGGAGCUGCGUCACUGGUCCGACAUGCUGGCCAAUCCUCGGCGCCCCAUCGCCCAGUGGCACACCCUGCAGACGGAAGAGGAGGUGGACGUGGUUGUUGGCAAGAAGACCUCUUGAUGCCCCAUCUCCAGCCCUCAUCCUGGCCUAGCCAGUGGGCAGCCGUCCCAUCUCCCGUCCUGAGCGAGUGGGAACGUGUGGGUGAGGCACCUCUGGAGAAUGCGUGUGGGGGGUUGCCUGUGAGCCUGUUUUCUCUUUCAGAGCUGUUUCUGUUGAAACAUCUUCGAGCAAACCUUCUGUUUCUGAUCCGCUGUGUGAACCAUGAGGUUUGCGUUGUGUCGAGAAGGUGGUGAGAUGUCUGCUAUAGGGUUACUAUAGGGUUACUAUGGAGUUACUAUGAGUUUACGAUGAGGUUACUGCGGGGUUACAAUAGGACUGCAGUAGGUUUACACAUCGUGUUGUGCUCCCACAUUUGAAAACUGGGUCUUGUGUGUAAACCUAUUGUAAAUCUGUUUACUAAUAGCUUACAACAGGUUUACUUUAGGGCUACCAUAGCUUUGCACAGGUGGACGUCAUAGUAUGGUGACACACUUGAAAGCAGGACCUCAUGUAAAUCUCUUGUAAAUCUGUAGCAGAGGCAUCCUAAAGAUUUCCACCUUUGGAUCUCGCAAGUCUCCUGUGCGAAACUAUUGUAGCUGUGUUUACUAUGGGUUUACAAUAUACUUAUAUAUUUGGAUGCUAUAGCACAGUGCCACCUUUGAAAAUUACGCUUAAUGUGUAACCCUAUUGGAGAUUUGAUUCCUGUAUGUUUACUAAUGGUUUACAGCAGAUUCACUCGAUGGUUACACUUAGCUUCACAUGCCAUAUUUUAAAACUGGACUUCAUGUGUAAUCCUGUUGUAAAUCUACUCAUAAUAGUUUGACGAAGGAUUGGCUCCAGGUUCACUUACAGCUUUACGCAAUGUGUUUAUUAUAGGCUUACAAGAUCUUUACUAUGGGUUUCACACAGGUAUACUUUGGGUUUACUACAGGUUCAUGACAAGUUUACUAUAGAUGUUGUGGGCUUAUGAUAGGUUUAAUAUAGGGUUAAAACAGGUUUACGGAAAGUGUACAACAGAUUUACUAUUACAUUACGUUUUACUGAACAUUAUUUAGAUUAUGACUACAUUUUAUUGUAGGCUUACAAUGGGUUUACAACCGGUUCACUGCAGACUUACAACAGGUUCACUAUGGCUUUACUAUUAAUUGGCAAACAUGUUUAUUAUAGGUUUACAGCAAGUUUGCUAUUUGUUUACAAACAUGGGUUUGCAACAAGUUCACUAUGGGUUUCCAGCAGGUUUACUGUUGUUUUACAAACAUGUUUACUGUAGACUUACAACAGGUUUGCUAUAUGUUUACUAUAGGCUUACACGGACUUUACUGUGGGUUUAGAACAGAUGUACCAGAUGUUUACAACAAGUUUACUAUUGGUUUACAAACAUAUUUUCUAUAGUCUUACAACGGGUUUUCUAUAUGGCUACUACAGGCUAGCAGUGACUUUACUAUGGGUUUACAACAGGUUCACUAUAGACUUACAUGUUUACGAUAGCUUUGCAACAGAUUCCUGGUGGGUUUACAACAGGUUUACGACAGGGUCACUAUGGGUUCACAGCAGGUAUACUAUCGGUUUACAAACAUGUUUAUUAUAGGCUUACAACAGGUUUACAACAAGUGUCCAUGAGAGCCAACAUUCAGAUACACAUGCCUUGCUCAUAUCGUCCCUCCUCUGGCUGCCUCAUGGUGCACAUUGGACAAUCAGUCCUCGGGCAUUUAAAUCUACUGCAAGCUUUACACGUGAGACCCAGCCUCCAAAUGCAGGCCCCCUUCCUACGCAAGCCCCAAAAUAGGACCAUUCCUUUAAGGCACCAGCAUCGAAGAGCUCAGCUCCUGCUCUCCCAGUGCCCAGUAGGAUUAUUACCUGGCUUGGUAUAAGCCGCCUCUGUUGAUGUUUUGUUUUGGGUUGUUUUCUGCUCAGUUUGUGCCAAUGAAAUCCGGCCGAUCCGAUUCCCCACCUGGUUCCUGUUGUACCAAAUCUUGCUGCUGUUCAUUGAUACUCGCACUUGUUAGCUAAUUAAUGUCCUUGGUCGGGGGGAGGGGACUUGGUAUGACCACCUCUGACUUUGGGAAAGUUAGAGCAGGGCGGGCUGGGAGCCAGGACUCCUGGGUUCUGUUCCCGGCU